ACCCAAGAAACAUCAAAAGAAGAACCCACUUCAUGUGAUAUCCCAUCUGCAAUAUCUUGAACAUCUUCAAAGAUUGAAACAUACUUAUGAGAAUAGGUUCAAGACCAAGAGUAUCUAUGGGCAUUAUGAUUUUGAUGAUAAAUAAACAGCUAAAAGGACAAGUUGAAGACUUCAAUACAAUUCCAAAUGACCCAAAAAAAAUGGCUGAGAACAGGAAGGUCACUCAAGGGAUCCUUAGGUCUCUCUCAACAUCCAGAAAGGUCAGAGAUGAUGAGCAAGACGAUACCCCUCUGUGGAUGAACCCACCCAAGAAGGUCCAAUUUGGAAUCCAAAACAAAGACUUGUUCUGCUUGAGGCAGACGCAUCUUGAUACUUUUGGAAAAGAGACUAAAAUGGUUAACAAAAGACUAAAGCAGAGAAAAUAAACUUAUUACCAACAAGGAACCAAGAUUUAAUGAAAAAUUAGGCAAAUACAGAACAAAAUUUGACUUUGAAAAUGAGUUAGAUAUGCAGAAUGAGAUGAAAACCCAGGAAGAAGAAGAGCGAAUCCCUCCAGAAGUGUUCUCUUCAUCAAAUUCAAAGGAAGUUGAGCAGAAUAUUAAGAAGGCGAGGCUCAUAAAUAAAUUAUCACGUAAAUUUAAGAAAUCUAGAGAAUCUAAAAGACCUAAAAGAAACAUGCAUAAUAAAUAACAGCACUAUUAAUCCUGAAUACAAGAGGAUCAUGAGUAAUAGACCAGCUCAGAGAACUCACAUUAUAAAUGGAUAUAGUGUGCUAUCUUCAAAAGAUCUGAGCGUGUGAAGCUCAAAGAUGGUUCUAGAAAGCAAAAAGUCUAACACUUUAAACAACAAGGAUAGAAGGCUAUUCUCUCAACAAAGAGCAUUCAGUCCAGCAUCUUCUGUAUUAAGCAUGACUCUUACUCCUUCAGAUCCAACCAAAGUGUGAUCUUUAUGUCUACAGGCUCUGAAUGAUACUGAGAUUAAAAUGCAAUCUGCUUUUAAGCAGAUUCCCUCUUCUCAAAAUUCUCAAAAUCCUAAGCUAAAAGGUGUCUUAAACUCAAUGGUAUGGAAAUGAGACUCUACACAAAUAAAGCCUUGUCAAGAAGUAUCCGAAUUGGAUAGAGAAAGAAGAAAUCUCAACCUUCCAAUGUUCAAGAAUAAUUUACUAAAAGAGUCUCUAAAUAGUGAGGGGAAGAAGAGUCUACUAAAAUCAACUCGUUGCAAGUCCUUUGUGCAGAGCCAUGAAAGAGAACCCCAAAAGGAUCAUCUGUGACUCAAAUGAUUCUAUGGUUGAUUCAUCAAUAAAUCUCAAUCUCUUACAAAAUUCGAUGGAUCUGUCCUCAAUAUAGUUCCCAAAGACACUAUGGGUUUGGAAACAACAAAUAAGGAUGAAUAAGUACAAGUCAGGAUCAUUUGAAACGAGAUUGAAAAGAUGGUGCCAGGAAAAGCAAAAUAAUUUGAACUUAAGCUAAAAAUGACUGAAUUUUGC